AUGGCUAAGCGUGUGGAGGUGUUGCAGACGCAGUUGCCGGCGUAUAACCGCCUGAAGACGCCGUACGAGGCGGAGCUUGUUGCGACCGCCAGGAAGAUGACGGCUCCCGGCAAGGGGCUGCUCGCUGCCGAUGAGUCCAUUGGUUCUUGUGCGAAGCGCUUUGCUCCGUUUGGCUUGAGCAACACGGAGGAACAUCGCCGCCAGUACCGUUCGCUGAUGCUUGAAUGUGAGGGGAUGGAGCAGUACAUCAGCGGUGUCAUUCUGCACGAUGAGACGGUGUAUCAGAAGACAAGUACU